CGUCUCCAAUCCCUACAGAUUCUCCCAGAAAAAUACCCCUUUUUUUUUAUAUCCCACAAAAAAUAUGCAUGCGUGUUCAGACGAUGAGCUAACCAAUCCUCUCCAAUUCUCCAUCCCCGUUUCCUUCACAGAGUAAUUUCUUGCCACCUUGGAUCAGCAUAUUCCAUUCCAUUCCAUCACUAUUCCGCGUCCCCUGCUCACUCACUUUGACCCAUCAAAUCGAUCCGUCUCCGAACACACAAUCGCACGCGAUCCCAUCCCCGUCCGUCCAGUACAACCUCCAAGAAGCCGCGGCGCCAAGCCAAGAAGCAGAGCGCGGAACAGAGGAGGAGGAGGAGGAGGAGUCUGCUGCUGCCGCUGCCGGCCAUGGGGCGGCGCCUGGUGGACCGGAUCGGCGCCGCGGCGGCGUUCGCCGUCCUGCUUCUGCUGGGCGUCGCGUGCCCGGGCGCCCGCGCCGGCCAGACCAGCGAGUACCGGCGCCAGCUCGGCUCCGCCGUCGACAUGCCGCUCGACGCCGACGUCUUCCGCCCUCCCCCCGGCCACAAUGCGCCCCAGCAGGUUCACAUCACACAGGGCAACCAUGAUGGCACAGCCAUGAUCAUCUCAUGGGUGACAACAAUUGAGCCUGGCUCAAGUACUGUGAUCUACGGAACUUCAGAGGACAACCUCAACUAUUCUGCAAACGGCAAGCAUACUCAAUACACGUUCUACAACUAUACCUCAGGAUACAUCCAUCACUGCACAAUCAAAAAGUUGGAGUUUGACACAAAGUAUUACUACGCUGUUGGAAUUGGACAAACGGCGAGGAAGUUUUGGUUCAGGACCCCUCCGAAAAGCGGCCCAGAUGUUCCAUAUACAUUUGGUCUCAUAGGUGAUCUUGGUCAAAGCUUCGACUCAAAUGUUACGCUUACUCAUUACGAGUCCAAUUCAAAAGCGCAGGCUGCGCUUUUUGUUGGGGACCUGUCAUAUGCAGAUAACUACCCAUUUCAUGAUAACGUGAGGUGGGAUACGUGGGCAAGAUUUGUAGAGAGGAAUGUCGCAUACCAGCCUUGGAUCUGGACAGCUGGAAAUCAUGAGAUCGAUUUCGCUCCUGAACUUGGUGAAACAAAGCCGUUCAAGCCAUACAGCCACAGGUACCCCACACCCUACAAGGCUUCUGGUAGCACGGCGCCUUACUGGUAUUCCAUGAAAAGGGCCUCUGCUUACAUCAUUGUCUUGGCAUCAUAUUCAUCAUACGGAAAAUACACUCCUCAGUACAAGUGGCUUGAAGCUGAGUUUCCCAAGGUCAACAGGAGUGAAACACCAUGGUUGAUCGUUCUCAUGCACGCUCCAUGGUACAACAGCUAUAACUAUCACUACAUGGAAGGUGAAACCAUGAGGGUGAUGUACGAGCCAUGGUUCGUCAAGUACAAAGUUGAUCUUGUGUUUGCAGGACAUGUGCACGCCUACGAACGGACUCACAGGAUAUCAAAUGUCGCGUACAACGUUGUGAAUGGCCUGUGCACUCCAAUCCCUGACCAAUCGGCUCCAGUCUACAUAACCAUUGGCGACGGAGGGAACCAGGAAGGCCUGGCCACCAACAUGUCGCAGCCGCAGCCGAGCUACUCGGCCUUCAGGGAGGCGAGCUUCGGGCACGCCAUCCUGGACAUCAAGAACCGGACGCACGCCUACUACACGUGGCACCGCAACCAGGACGGGAGCGCGGUGGCGGCCGACUCGAUGUGGUUCACCAACAGGUACUGGCAGCCCACGGACGACUCCGCCGACGACUCGCAGUGAUCUACGGCGAAAGGUGGCGUCGCAGCUGCUGCUUCCUUGCGGCAUUUGUGCUGAUUAAUAAGCGUCGCCUGACUGUGUACAGAAAGCAAAGUUCACGUACAGCAUACGUGUCGAUCGCAGAGAGAAGGAGACAUACGCUGUGGACUGUGGAAGUGUGGAUUGCCAACGUCCAGAUGCACAAUAAAUACUCUGGUUUCUAGGGAAAAUUCUAUGCAAUACUACUCGAAAGAGUGGUAGUUCGAAAAAUACUAUUUUAAUCGUUGCAAUUUAUGAAAUACUAUCAGAUCCAUUAGCAUA